ACGCCUAUCAAAACAUUUCCGGUCCAAAAAUAGUAUCUUUUUAAAUCGUAAAAUCUAUUUAAAAUGGUGGUUUAAAGUCGGUGCGUGAUUUUAUAAGUCUGUAAAUAGAAGCAAAUUGAAUUAGUGCGCGCGUCGGUCACAGCACGCAGUAUGCACCCGGCCGCGCGGCGUUGCACUCCUUAACGCAUGUAAUUAUUAAUUAUUCAAUAUCGGUGAGCGCACGCGCCAGUGAAGCGACAGCGGGCGACAUGAGCGCGCGCGCAGUCUCGCCCGCGCCCGCUCUCAUCGAGAUCGCGGAGCCCGACGCCGCAGACUGCCCCGCCCUCGCCCUGCCCCCCGAGGGCAACGUCAAACACAAGAACUACAGAAUGCUCAACGAAAACCUCCGUGCCUACACUCCCACCGGAGACAUCCACACGUCACCAGAAAAAGGAAAGCUCGUCGCUAAAUUCGAUGUAUCUUCCUCCAUCUCCCCACCACGAGCCAGAAUACUGGAGCUCCUGCGACCUGAUGACCCUGGACGCGACAGCUUGGAAGCCAUAGUCCGACCAGUAUCAAGAAGAGGCUUGACCCGACCUCUCGACGAAGACACUAGAAGAUUCCUACAAAGAGCGCUUCUAUCUCCAAGUCCUUAUGGAUUCUCAGCAGAUUCACCGGAACCGCUCCAUCGAUCUGCUAAAGAACCGUACACACCUGAGCCUACGACUCCAGAACCGGAGGAAAAACCUCCGCAGAAGAAGGGUCGGUCGUUAGCUGAUGAGUUGCGUGACGCUGAAGAUGAGACUAGUGAAAAGAAGGACUUAUACUUGGAGUUUAUUAAGCGUGGUGGUGGUUUAAAGGAUGCAGUGGAACGGGAGAGGUUAGGGAAGCUCGCAUUGUCAGUGGAAGAAGACAGUGAUAGUGAGAGUGAGGACAGUUUGACGCUGGCUGCGCGGAGGUUGGACGCGCUGCUGGAAGAAUCCAGGGGGCUGCACAAGGAGCUGCAGGGCAUCCACCAGGACAUGCAGGCGCAAUGCGUGCGCGCCGGUCGUUGCGCGGCGGCGGCGCGUGCGCUCGACGCCGAGUGCCGCUCGCUGCGUUUCCUCGACGACGUACUGGCGUUACUGAGAGGUGACGUCACCGCUGCCAGUGCGAGGGCUUGGCCCUUUGCGUUACCGACGAGAUUACCCGGGAGAAACUAUAUAGUUUGAGGAACCAAGAAAAAAAUCAUUGAAGCGUGAGGGACGCAGCUGCUCACCUAUUUAGCAAAAUGACUGAAGAUAAUUAUCCUAAUAGACGAUUUUUUUUAAUAUCUUAAGCUGAUAGUUAAGACCUUGUAGAGCACACGAUAAGUUUUCAUUUCAUAUCAUUUUAUCUGCAAUACCUAAAACACUGUGCUAAAAAU